UGAAUGUAUUUUAUUCCCAUCUGACACUUUAACAUAAGUGCAAAGUGGCUUAGUGAAAUCACAACCUUCACUUAAACAUAAGAAACUUAGGAAUUAAGCCAAGUAUACCAUGGAAACACUCUCCCAGGAUUCUCUGUUAGAGUGUCAAAUUUGUUUCAAUUAUUACAGUCCUCGAAGAAGGCCAAAAUUACUUGAUUGCAAGCAUACUUGCUGUUCGGUUUGCCUGCAGCAAUUGAGGGCUAGCCAGAAAGACCUUAGAUGUCCUUGGUGCCGAGGUGUUACAAGGUUACCUCCUGGAUAUUCAGUAUCCCAACUACCUGACGAUCCAGAUGUAGUUGCAGUGAUUGCAAUCCCUCACACUUCCGAAAACACCCCGGUCUUUAUUAAAUUGCCAAGCAAUGGAUGCUAUAUGUGGCCACUUCCUGUCACCAAAGAAAGGGCUCUGUUGCCUGGUGAUAUAGGCUGCAGAUUACUACCAGCAAAUCAUCAAAAGCCAGUCACUGUGGUGACCAUGCCCAUGGAACAGCAACCCCUGCAAGGUACAUUGGCACAGGAUAUUGCAGAGGAGGAACAUGAGAGAAGGGGUGUUGUGAAAAAUUCAACCUGGUCUGGAGUUUGCACUGUCAUUUUGGUAGCAUGUGUCUUGGUCUUUCUACUUGGAAUUGUCCUGCACAAUAUGUCCUGUAUCUCUAAGCGCUUCACUGUCAUUUCAUGUGGUUGAAAUUGAUUUUUCUUAUACUUUCUGCCACAUAUAUUUUAAAAUAGAAGCAAACAUACACAGGAGCAUUGUAUUAUGAAACAAAUAUCAACUGCAAAAGGGUGGGAACUUCUUAACUUCCGGAGUUCUGGGGCACAAGAGAGAGACGUCCCAGCUUCGCCCUCUAACAGUUUGGUUAGAGUUCAUGAAGAUUGCAUGCACAGUCAUCAUUCCUUCUUAAACAGGACUUGGUACAUUUGACUGUAGGGUAGUAUGAUGACUUCUUAGCUCAUUGUGGUAUGGCCAUAUCCACCAGACGUUGAUCAUGCAACUUUUUCCUUGAGAUUUAGUUCAACAUGAGUAUAUUUAGCAGAUCUCCGUUAAUUUUUAAAGCUGGAGAAAGUCAUCAGAGGUAACGAUAGUCAUAACUGAAACCAAGCAGAUAUCAAAACUUUAUUUUCCCCAGUCAGUACAUCAGUAAAAUGUAUCUGCGUACAUCUCAGGUCUCCUUUUAACUGACACGGCUGUUAUAGGAACAUAAUGUUUCAUGGUACUUGAAACAUUGUACUACCUUCAAUUGAUUGUCACAUAAUAUCAAUAUCCUGCAUUUUUUCAGGUGCCUAUAAAAGAGAAGAGGCUGAAUGUACAAUAUGUAAUGUUAAGGUUUCAGGCUUAUCUAUGUGGCGCAAAUAAAACAUGGUGGUUCAAGUCUAAUACACGAUGAUCAGGAAUGGAAAAACUCAUCUUCUUCCAAUAAAGAGGAUAGUAAUGUUAUACUGAAGUGUCAUGGUUGGUGGAUCAUAGCACUUCGCAUUAAUUGAUAGCAAGUGGUAUGUGGAACAAGGCUUGGUUCUUG